UGUUGGAGUGAGUCAGUAAGCAAGUGAUUGAGUGGAGGAUAGGGGCAUCCUUCCCCCCUCCUCCCGGGGACCAGUGUGUAUGUAGUGUUCGUAUCCCCCCUCUUCUCUCUGUGUAUAUAUAUACACCGAUACGUGCUGGUUGGUCUGUAAACUAUCGUUGGAGGGCGUAAUAACCUCUCCCGCGGUUGAUAGAGCUUGAGGCCAACACGGCGUCAAGUGUUAUUGAUGAUUGUGACCAAGUCUUUCCCUAAUGCCCCCCGCUGGCGGUUGGGGCCAUACGCAGGACUAUACUCUCUGCUGGCGGUGUCAGCCACGGCCACCACCGUCACCACCACCACCACCCCACCACCACCUGGCAGCCACCACCACCAUCACCACCACCCCGCCCCGCCGCCCAUGUCACCACCCGCCCCGCCGCCCAUCACCGCGCCCAUGGCAGGAGUUGUGCCUACGCAUGCCGUCCUAGCGCAGCUCCAUGCGUUAUGCGUCCAACAGAAAGAUGGUGCAUUAGCUGGUGCCCUCCCACCAAUUUUACCCAGUGGACAGCUGAUGUCCUCCCCAAUCUUGGGCAGUACACCGAGAGCAUCGGCUCCCCCUCCCAGCUGUAACAAGUCCAUCCUCCCUAUGCCUGCGACUGUGCCUGCCACCAAGUGCGUGGGUAGUGUCGAUGGUGUAGUUGAGGGGAAAAGUCCUGAAGUAUAUAACCUGUCAAUGAAGUCUCCAGUUCCACUUAGUGAGGACAAUAAGACUUUAAAGGUCACAGUAACCAGUCCUCGGACUCUAAAGCCAAGUAGAAGGGACGUACUCCUGCCCAACUCGAAGGUUAAUGGCCAUGCCAAUUUUUCAGCUGAGCAGGAGAGUGCUGUGACAAUAAACCUUAGUGUUAAAAGUGCCAAAGAAGAGGUGCAAGGAAAGAAGGACAUGAAGGAAGGUGGUGUUCGAAGUGCAAAGGGUGGACAGAUAUAUGACAGUAAAAACACUCAAAGAACUUCAAAUAUGAAACUCGCUUGUGCAAAAAAUAUUAGUGAAGAAACAACUUGUAUGCAAGUCAUGGACAGAACAUCACCAUCUCCUUUAUGUUUGCCUGAAUCUGAAACCUCUAAUAUUAAUAAUGUACCUGCAAAAGAAAAAGACACAUAUAGAGCAAAUCAGAGUCAAGAAUCCUCAUUUUCACAGAAGCCUUGUGAACCCAGCCAUCAUGACACCUCAGUUGCUAUCUCUCUAAAGCCUCAAGAUACUAGCCACCUUGUGGCAUCAGUCCCAUCCUCGAACUUGUUUUUAGAAAUUCAGAAAGUUCAGUCAUCACUUGCAAUUCCACGUAUUUCCCAGCGGUCCAGUUGCUUAGAAAAUUCGGUCCCAGUCACCCGGCUUCCUUUUAAGUCCAAUGUGGGCUUUGAGGGUAAGCACAGUCCUCAUCAUGUCAGCGAUAAACAUAUCCACAGAGCAAGCACUGGCCAUGAUUCACUGGAUAUAGCAGAAAAGAACCUGAAUGCAGAUAAGCAGUAUACAAAUGGUACAGAAGAAACAAGCACACGAGGUAAUGUAGGGGAAAUUGAAAGACUAAAAGCGCCAAGUGAUGGCAGUGAAGAAGCAAAAAGAAAUCGUUUAGCUCCUCUGAUGGGUGAUCAAUGUUCACGUACCACUCCUGGCCUUCUGCAGGCAUAUGCCCAGGAACGCCGAACAAGAAUUCACACUUCACCCUUAAUUAUACCUUCCCAUAUUCUUUCACCUACACCUUCCUUAUCACCUACUAAUACACCAAUCUCAGUAGGUGAUGCAACACCAAGCUCAUGCCCACCAAUUGUGGCAUUAACACAAUUGGCUGUUCCCCGUGUGGCUCCCCCUGCCACUGCUGCUGCUGGCGAUUCGACUCGAACGUCUCGAAAAACUGUGCGCUCUGAAGAACGUUCUACUGUUACUGUAACAGCUGGAGGAGGUAUUCCAGUGGGUAUUGCUCAUGCCCGUCAGCGUCAGGAAUCACGGCCACAAGAUGAUCCUCUGACUGGACCAUUAACAUCUGGGGGUAGUUCCCCAGGAGGAACCACUAUGCCCACUCACUGGCCGCUUCCUCCAACACCAUGCACUCCUGGAAUUCCAACAGCACCAUUUUGGCUGACCCAGAGUCAGUUUUCUGGUGUUGGAGUGGAUGCUGGCGUCGGGGCAGGAAUGGGUUUGGGCUACCAGUUUGCCAGAGACCCCUUGAGUGGUCACUGCUAUCUCUUGCCACACCCACAUGCAAUACCAGACCAUGGUGGUCACAGUUAUGUUUGGGCAGGAUAUGGAGGUGUAGCAGCUGCUUCUCCCGUGGUUUUACCACCCCAACAGCUACUGCUUCCUGAUGCUCAUUACCAUCGUGCUCUCCAUGCACACACUGCUCUGUUGCAUGUUUCCCACCCACACCCACCCGUCCAUGCCUCAAACCCUCCUUCCAUCAAGAGAGAAGACCCACUUACACCAGGAACACCUGAAGAAGAUCCCAAAAGCCGUCCAGUCAGUGUGCCGCCUCCUGGCCAAGGGGCUGCACCACCUGGAAGUGAAAUGAACCUGUCAUCAGCUUUGCCUACUGGCCUACGUCAUCUUCCUCCAUCGUUCAUAUAUCCUCCUCGAUCUUCUCUUCCAUAUUAUUGUCCACAGUCUACCCAUCCUGGACCAUACUCCCUUCCUCCUUACACACACCAAUCGUCUACAACCAUUGGCUCUAGCCUCACGUCAACUCGAGCUGCUACUUUAACUACAACUCUGACCAAUAGCCUUACUGCACCUGCCGACCUCACAACAACUUUUUCAGUCCUACCGACAGCUCCUGUUACUAGUGUGGAAAAGGGUAUUGGUUUAGAGGCACAUUAUUCGACACGGGGUUGUGAAGCGUUGGUGGCCACAGGCUCACCCACUCCUCACUCAGAAUCCAUUGAACCAAUCAAUGUUACAUCCCAUUCAGAAGAAGAACCUGACUUGGAGCUGCCUUUACCGAGAUCUCGGCCUCAAGGGGAUCUUCAGUGUUUACCUGUACCUUUUAAAAUUAAGCAAGAAAUCAAGGAAGAGGUCCCAUCCCCUGUAGGAUCCAGUAGAGAUGAAGCCUGUACUCCUGGUGUUGGGGAGACUCCAAUUGAAGCGCAACUGUCUCAAAAUCACAUCACAGCAGUUAAAAAAGAAGCAUUUGGUAGCUGCAUAAACAGUCAACUAUCUGAUGCAAAAAGCUCUUCUACAACAGGAUUUCUGACUCAAAAUAGCCAGUCUUCUUCUGAAUCUUUACCAGUUUCCUACCCAGUAAUCUCACCCAAAGGAAGUACUCCCACAAAUUAUCAAAGUAUCCAAAAUCUUCUCACAAUUGAUAGACUCACCGAUACAAGCAGUCAAGAAUCCCAGCCUAUGUUGACUCGUGAACCGUUUGUAACAAUUUCAUCUGAAUCUCCAGCUACUAACUACUUGAAACACACAGCUCUUAUUGUCUCAGAAUCUGUUACUGCUUGUUCUGAAUCUGUUACUGCUAAUAAUUAUUGUUCUAGAGCUUCAACUAGCUGCACAAAUUCUCCUGCCAUUAACUCUCCUAACACUUCCACUACAAGCUGUGCUGAAUCUUCAUCAGAUGACUAUUCCAAGUCGCCAACCAUGAAUUGCUCUGAUAUAUCAUCGACUGGUUGCCCUGACUUUGGCUGCUCUGAACAGACAGCUGCUAAUUGCGAUCAGUCUUCACCUACUACUUGCUAUGGAACUCCAGUAAAGUGUUUUACUGAACCACUAACAACCAAAUGUUCUGAAUCUCCAAAUACUGACUGUUCGGAAUGUAAUAUUACCACCUGUUCUGGAGCCCAAAGAGUGAUUACUUCUAAGCACUGCACUCUGAAUUCUACGAAGUCUCCAGCUUCAAUAAAUUCUAAUCAAUCAACAGUCACAAAUAGUUCAGAAACUCUAGUUGAAAACUGUUGUACAGCUUGUGCUCCUAAGGGUGAUGAUAUCCACCCAGAGAGCUGUUCAACUGCUUGUGCACCCAACAGUGAUGCUAUCCACACAGAGAACUGUUCUACUGCUUGUGUUCCCAAGGGUGAUGCUAUCCACCCAGAAAGCUGUUCUACUGCUUAUGUUCCCAAGGGUGAUGCUGUCCACCCAGAAAGCUGUUCUACUGCUUGUGUUCCCAAGGGUGAUGCUGUCCACCCAGAAAGCUGUUCUACUGCUUGUGUUCCCAAGGGUGAUGCUGUCCACCCAGAAAGCUGUUCUCCUGCUUGUGGUCCCAAGGGUGAUGCUAUCCACCCAGAAAGCAGUACUACAACAUACCAUGAUGAGCAUCCAGAGGAUGACCAUGUAUCGUGCACAGCUUGUGAUGAAGUAGAAGCUUCAUCACAGAGCCCAUCAUAUAUGGAUUUAAGUGGGCUGGAACUUUUGUCUCAGAGUGUUUUACAACAUGCCAAUCGAUUAUCAGAUUUAUCAGAGGAGGAGGAGGAGGAGGAAGAUGAAACUGCUGUUGACAAAUGUCCAUUAUCACCAAAGGAGGACAGUCAUGCUGAACAUGUUUCUUUUCAACAAGAGGAGGCACAUGUAAAGAAACCCUCUUCUUUUCUACAAGAUGUAAAUAUAGAUGAAAACUUGUCCUCAAAAGAGAAUGACGAAUGCAUAGAUGAAUGUAUCUCAUCACGAGAAAGAGUGAAUGUUCAUGAAAGAGCGAAAUGUUCAUCUCCAAGACAUGCAGAAAUACCUCCAGAAGAAUACUCUUCAUCAGAACCAGAGGAAACCUCUGUAAAUCUAAACUAUUCAGUACAAGAUAGAGCAUCAGUAGAUAUGUAUCCUACCUCACCACACGACAAAACCUCUGUAAGUGAGUGCUCAUUAAUAAUGCAAGAGGCUUCACUUACAGAUGAUUACCUUUCUGAGGAAGACGAAGACGAAGAAAAGAGCAGUUUCGAAAGAAGAGAUAAGGUAUGUUCCACUGAGGAUGAAAUGUCUUCAGGUGUGGAUGAAGCAUGUACAGGAGGGGAAAUGUCUUCAGGAGAGGGAGAGAUGCAGUGUGAUGUGAGAGAUGAGUUACCAAAAUUGGUACAAUCUUAUUCAACAGAAAUGCCUUGCCAACCAGCUUCUGAAAAUACUGCACCACUGUACACCACCCCUCCUAUUGCUUCACCUUUGCCUGAUUCACUUAGUGGCCUUCAUGGCCUCAGCCUUCUAUGUGCCUUAGCUGAGCAGCGCAUCCUGGAGGAGGAGCAUGUGGCAUGCCCGGCCCUGUCGUCCUUGGCUGAUGUGGCAGCCACUUCCCCAAGUGUUCCAAUGUACCCACAGGAACGUCACACAGAUUCACCACAACCAGGCCCAAGUUAUCUAACACAUUCUCCCAGAAGAACGUUUGGGAGUGGAACUAGUACAGCUAUAUUUGGUGCAACUACAUUUGGAGCACUUGCUAAUUCUUUCAGCACACCUAUUAAGACCACUGAUGUAAAUAGAAAUUAUAAGAGUCCGGAGUCUGAGCGUGAAGCAAAGGCUUUUAUUGCUAAUAAAGCCUCUCAGUACCAAAAAGAUGCUGCUCUUGACUUUAAGAUACCAUCUGGUUUUCCUGUUGAUUCAAUGGAUCCAGCUGAGCUGGACAUGCGUAUGCAGUUAGCCGAGUUGCAGAGAAAAUACAGGGAGAAGCAGCGUGAACUGUCGCGCCUGCAGCCUAAAAAGAUAACUAUUAGUCCUGUUAAAAGAGGUCCAGGAAGACCUCCCAAGAGAAAAAUACAUAACAAUGGUAUACCAGGAAAGAGAAAAGUUGGUCGACCUCCAAAUAAGAAAAAGAAAUCACCACAGAAAGAACUGUCGCCUCCAAUACUUGAGAGAGUUACUGAUCUGGAGAUUAAAGAUUUAUCAAAAGAUAGCGAUGAUGAUAAGGAAGAACCACGAUGUAUGAAUAAAUCCAUUUUAAAACCCCCGGUUCUCACUGCUACAUUUUCCACUCACAUUACCCAUAAUGGAAACCAAGAUUCAAUGCCUAAGACACCUGAAACGCAAGUAUCUACUGAAAAAGAAGAUUCUGGAGAUGAUGAUACAGAUAAAGAUAAAACUAGGAGAUGGUCCCUCUCAUCAGAAGAUGCUCCACCACCAGAAUUAGGCUCCCCAUUCAAAUUACCAGAAUCAGCACCUGAAACACGACAAGAAGAAAGUGAAGAAGAGCAAGCAAAAUAUGUUGUUAGUGACUCGUCUUGUAAAGAGCUCAAAGUCCUUCAAGCAGAAACCUCUGUAGAGUCAUCACCAUCAGACCUAGAGCAGCAGCCACAGUCGUCAUCGUCAUCGAAGAAACGCAAGCCAGGUCGUCCCAAGAAACACUCGCCUACAAAGGAAGAUGCAACCGAGACGAUAGUUGCCAAGAAGCCCAAGACCAUUAUAAGCUUCCACCUCCACCGACCUCUACUCUCACACAAACCUAAAAUGCGACCAAAGCUAAAAGCUGAACUCAAGGUGCGAGAGGUUGGGCAGGAGGAUGAAGAAGCUGCGCCUCACUCACACUACAAGUUGUCUUCAAACACGGACACUUCUAAGGAUCAGUCUGAAGAUGAGGACGAUCAUAAGACUACAAUGUGUGUAAGUAAUGCCGAUGCACUGAGGGGUGCGAGAAAGAGAGGAUGCCCACGAGGACGUACAUCCCUUACCAGAAGAGCCAUGCUCAGAGAUAAAGAAAAACGAAAAUCUGCUGCAGAGAAACAGUCACAUAUGGAAGCUCUUUACAGAUCACUCAAGAAGCACUCGACUAUGGCCGCUGCUGAGCAUGAUGAGUCGGAGGAUGAGAAAGAUAGAGAAGACAAGGAUGAAACUCAAGACGCAGGUGCAGAGUCCUCAAGCAGUGACCACGAGACUACUCAGCACACCACAGCUGGCGAGGCGGACCCCCCUUCUUCAGCGUCAACGUCUGUGGAUGCAACCACCUCUUCCACUGAUACUACCACAACUACCACCAUGGCUGGCACAACAACAACAACGACGACUGCUGCAACAACCACCACCACCACCACCACUACCACCACCACUACUACCACUGCUGCCACAACCACCACAACUACUUCCACCACAACCACAAAUGAUACUCAAAGACCCACUAUGCAGACACCAGAGCCAAGUGUAUGUGUUAUAGAGGUUGGUGAUCUGGUGGAUAAGGCAAGAGUACUGGUGCUACAAGAUGGAUUACUGUACGCAGGGAAUGUAGUCCCCAUUAGACCUCCUGAUGUAUAUGGUGUUGUCAUUGAUGGUGAACGAGGUUCACGUCCACACAUCUACUGUAGGGAAGAAUUACUAGAACAGUCGUGGAAGGAAGUGAAACCCGGCACCACCAGAUUUCUUGCCGAGGGAACUCGUGUAUGUGCCUUCUGGUCGCAGCAGUAUCGUGCUCUUUAUCCAGGUUCAAUAGCUGCCUCUACGUCUCCAGCACACGAAGCCAACCAUAAUUUAGUGAAUGUCGAGUUUGAUGACGGUGAUGCCGGUAAAAUCCAUGUGGAUGAUAUUCGCCUUCUACCCCCGGAGUUUCCAAUCCUUGAAUAUGCAGUUAAUGGGAGAAAAGCAGAGCAUGACCCAAAUCCCCUAAUGAGUCUGAACAAAAGGAAACGACGACCAACAGGUGACAGUCUUCCGGAUGUCAAAGAUGACGUUCCUAAAUCAAAAGGAAAGAAAUCUAGGACACUCUCGGGCAAUAACAAUGAGAACGAAAAUAUUUCUAAUAACCAAAAUGAUGAAAAUAAUGAGGUGGAGAAGGAAAAUAAGAAGACCUCUGGUAAUAUAAAAAGCAAGAAGAACGAGAACGAAGAAAAUGGAAAUAAGAAGGUAAACAAGAAAACUGAAAAAAAGAAACACAAAAAACAUAAGCACACUGAAUCAUCUCCUCACCACCAUCAUAAACACAAAACUAAACACAAACACAAACAUCGGGAGGGUGAUAGGCCUCUACCACACGUAGAACCCGGGGUGAACGAACUUACCAUGAGGAUCAAAUCUCCGCCGCCUCCCCUCGGGGAGACCUGGAGACCCUCAUACCGAGAGAAAUCAGAAUCAGAAUUGGAUAGUUCCUCAUCAAAGAGCCCAUCAGAGGAUGAGACUGAGGAUAAUGAUUCAGAAUACACACCUUCUAAAAAGGAAGUGAUUAAGAGCCCGGCACGGCGGAAGAAGAGACAUCCAUCGGGCAAAUCCAAGAUUGCACCAUUCCUACCAGAACGUCAGCUGUGGCGAUGGUACGGUAAAGGCUUUAAAAGACCGGGAGCAAAGGGCAAAGGCAAGAAAGAGUACUUCAAAGCUAUUAUGAGAGGAAAAGAAAUGAUAAGGGUUGAAGACUGUGCUGUGUUCCUCUCGGCUGGACAACCAGAUCAACCAUACAUAGGCAGGAUUGAACACAUGUGGGAAUCUUGGGGAGGAAAUAUGGUAGUCAAAGUGAAGUGGUUCUACCAUCCGCAGGAGACGAAGGGGUUAGGACGUAGACUAACUGAACCAAGGGGAGCGUUAUUCCAGUCUCCUCACACUGACGAAAAUGAUGUUCAGACCAUCAGCCAUAAAUGUGAUGUUAUUGCUCUUUCUGAAUAUCGUGUAAGACGUGGGGAGCUAGAGAAGAAAUAUGGACCUAAUUACGAAAAUUGUGAUGUGUAUUACUUGGCCGGGUCUUACGAUCCUACGAGUGGACAUAUAACUAUGGAGCCUGGUGUGUCGUGAGAGGUGAUACAUUGUGAUGAUGGGUUGUUUUGAUCUAUCAGGUUUCAAGAUAUCAGUAAAUUCUGUUGUGAAGAGAACAGUUUAACCUUAAUAACAGUUAUUUGAUCAUUAUCAUAGAAAAUCUGCUCUUCAUUUUCUUGAGGAUAAAUGAGCUUUGUAAUGUUAGUAGUUUAAAAGCUUAUUGUCUCUGGCCAUGUCAUUUUUCGUGAAAGAUGAAGCAUGGUAAACAUAAGCCUUAACAUUACUCUCAAGAUGAUGUACAGCAUCCUUGAAGUAAGAAAAAUUAUUGGUAAGGUGUGCGGGGUGAAGAGCUUAUGGAUUAGGUUUAUCAAAAGAAUUUAUUUUUAUUGAGUCAGUGAUAAGCAAUUAAAACACAUAAGUAGAAAGGGGAAGAAAUUUGUGUGCAAAUGAUAAACUUCUAUAUACAAAUGGUACAGUAGCAUGCAUUAUCGUGUAAGUGUUUAAUGAUAGACAGUUAAUGUCUAUAGAAGAUACUUUAAACAGUUAUAAUAAUGUUUUACUGUGAACAAAAAUGACAUAUAUUUAUAAAGUAUUUAAUAUAUCCUACUUUGAUUCUAAAGUAUGGAGCAACCCUUAUGCUUAAAUGUGUGUGUUAAAAAAAAAGUGUGUGAUAACAGUGAUAAUUGAUUUAGAAACAAAUCUAGGCCCUCUUUUUGAAGUCUCUUUGAGUGGAAGACAGUAUUGUAGUUAUUGUCAGGGUGUUUGAAUUCCCUGCCAUUCUAAUUUCAGCUAUUAGACGGUGCAUUGCUUAUGGACAAUCACUUGAAGCUGCAAAAAUCAUGUAGGGAAAAAUAUAUGCUUUUUGUUAUUAGUUUUGGAGUGUGAAAGAUCAGAGGUGUCCUUCCAACUACCAAAAUUUUGCCUUUUUCUCACAACACCUUUUAGAUUUUAAGGAUUUUUAUCAUAUACAUGAGUACCUGCAAUAUUUUAUAUAGAUAUUUUAUUGUGUGGAUCAUAAUAUCUAAGUACAUAGAUAUAUGGUUUGACUAUAAUUAGAACCACUGCUAGUGUCAAAAGAUUAUUUUCUGGUCAUGCAAUAAUGUCUUGCAUGACACUAUCAGUGAUAAUGACCAAGGGCAAGUGUUUUGUCGAGUAGAUGUAAGGAGAGUCUUCAAGGUUCUAUACAUCUGUCUACACCUUUCUUUUGCUUGGUUUAAAUUGAUUUAUUAAUGCAUUUCAGUGAUUUAAUGUUAAUUGCAUGUUGAUUUGAUUAAAUUGAUCAUUGUGUUAUAGAUACUUAUUGUUAUUUAAUAUACGCUAAGUUGAUAUUUGUCAUAAAAGAGAAAGACUGAAUAAGUUGCGUAGAUAUUAUGGUUGUAUAUUUCACGUCAUGACUAUUGUGCGAAAGGCUGUCGGUAAGCUCUGAUUUGGAUGCUACGUUUCCCCAUCAAAAGACAUUGACUAAUUAUUCAAUGUUACUAUGGAUCUCAUAUGAUAUAUUCAAUAUAUAGUGACUGUAGGAAACUAACAAACAUCUUCAGAUUAUCCCAUUUUGUGUCCAAAAUGAUACAAAUUCUGUAAGAGGAUAAGAGCUAAACAAAUGUUUUGUGGAUUUUUUUUUUUUUUAUAAUUGUCUGGUGAGAACUUUAUGACAUGUUGAAGUCUUGCCAGGUGUUGCAAGUCAAAUACUAGCUGUGCAAGCUGACUGAACAUAGUCAUCCCAGUCUCAAUGUCACUUAUUCAGAACAGCUUAGUGAAACCUAUUUAAUAAUCCCAAAAUAAAUGUUGUAGCUCUAAUUGUUGAAUUAAGUGACAGAUCAUGCUAAUGCUCUUUCAGAUUUUGUAUCAGAAUUGUAGUUUAGAAUGCCAAACUUUCACAAAAUUACACAAAGUUACCAUAUAGCAUAUUAGUCUGUAUUAACAAAGAUUUAGUAAUAGCAUCGUGUGUUUUUUUUUUUCUUUUUUUUUAAUAUGAAACAAGUUUCAAGAUUCUUUGAGCCAUGGGGUUUUAUAAAAUAUUGUUAGCAAAAUCUGUUGUUUCUCAUUAUGUUCAUCAUAAAUUAUAAGCUGUACUCAGAUUGGCAUUAUUUUGGCUACAAGGGUUUGUCUUGUUUGCUUAUGGGGAAUGAAUAAAAAUAGUUUAGUGAACUACUUCAUAGAAAAAGUUUGCUUUGUUUGCCACAAGAAACUAGUUAUAUCCAUUGUCUUGAGCUACUAAUGGUUGUUGCCCUUUGCUGCUAUCUGUAACAAUUCAUUAUUCAUCUCUGCAACUUGGCUUGGACUAAAUAUAUCACUUGUACAGUCAUUGCAACAACUAGUACAAUGUUGUUGGCUUAGUUUUUGAUUAUAGUGACAAUGGUCUUUUUGUAACAUAAUUAUUGAAGAUUAACUUGAAAGUUAUUUACAAUACUAUGUUCAUGAAACAGUUACUCAAUCGCUUAUCAUGUUGCGAUAGACUUGACAUAAAAUCAGGAGGUGUAAAAUUUAUUAUUAGACAAUAGUGGAAGUACUUUGGUAAAGUUACGAUGCUUGUUAUUGCACUUACCGGGAUUUUUCCUAAGUGGUCCCAAGUACUGUACUUGUGAAAGGUUAUAUAGUGAUCCUAUUGUAAUGUUUCACUGGAUCUCAGAUGUUCUUGCAGCUUAGUAAUUUUGCAACCACACAAAUUUACUUAGUUUCCAAGCAACCUCAGCAAGACACUGAUUAUCUGGAAUAAUAUAUUUCACUUGGAGUUGUUUUAUAUUGACUUUUAACACAAUGUUGCCUAUCAGUGAACAGAUAGCACAAGGAACUCCGUAUUCAGUAGUGUGGCAUUAACAAUUACAGUAUAGCAUUUCUGAAACAAUGACUUUUGAACAGUGUGAAAGUGAAAACAUUUAUCCACUUUAUCUUUUCACAGUAAAAAUAUGUAGUGUGCUUCAGAGUAGUUAGUACUGUACUAUUUGAGUGGCUAAAUACUGGUUGUUAAAAAAAAAGUACAUAUUCAGUACCUUAUUAAUAUAGAAAUGUUGAAUACUUGACUAAAUUCUGACAAAACAAGAGCUUACAAAAAAUUCUUAAUAUUUUCUGAAUCAAUUUUGAUUGAAAUUUAAUGGUCAUUCUCUUAAUUCUUUAUAUGUAACAUAACUAAGUUUGUCGUGUAGUAGCUGAAAUAUGAUUUAGUAAAUGCUUGUUUCAAUAUGUCCAUAAUUUCUGUUUGGUUUGAUCAAGGUAUGCUUCACUGUAAUUUUUAAAGUCGGUUCAAAUAAUAGUAAGUUUUUAGUUAAUGAUUGCUGUGUCCAGAAUUAAUAACUAUGGCACAAAGGUUAAGUUAUAAGAUGGUCUAUAAUAAGGUUCAACAGCUAUCACUUGUGCUUAUCAGACUAUUUUUGUUAUCAACUAUCCCUGUGCUUAAAGGAGCACCUCUCUUUUUGCAUUAAAUUUGCAGUGAUUGAGUGUUUAAGACUCUGAGUUGAACAUAUUCCGAGACUACACUAUUUUUAAGCUUUUUAUUUUGUUUUGUUUUAAAAUUAGAUUUUUUUUUAUUCAAACUGAUAACUUCCUUGAAGAAUUAUCACAUGCCAAAGUUAGACAUGUACUUCCCUGAAUAUUGGCUCAGCUCAUUCUAUAUAUAUUUUAAAACUAGAUGUCUUUUAUGCUUUAGUAUCACAGAGAUGUGUGAUGCUGAUAGCAAGACUGCUCCAUAUAGUUUAUCAUCCCAUGACUGUCAUAAAUGUAAUUUAACAUGGAUGGAUAAUAUAUGCAUUUAUGAUAUCUUCUCUCUAGACAAGGUAUUCUGACUGCUGACUAUACAAACACACAAUAGCUCACAAGAACCACAGAUGUAUUUGGUACCUCGACACUUUCUGCAAAGUUGCCAUAUAAUUACUACCGUAAAUUCUUAAAGUUCGACAUGCUUUAUGUGAAGCACAAAAUACUCUCAACACAACAUUGAAUUUUAAGUAAAUAUUUGGGGCAAAGUUGUUACAUAUACUCUACUGUGAUUAUGCCGUAGGUUUAGAUUUGUAAGCUGAGAAUUGGAUUAAAAAUCAUAGGGUGACAAGUCAUUCACACUCACUCUAGUCCAAAGUUUCCUAAGGAAAUAAAUCAAAUUUCAAUACAUUGCUUUUAAAACCAGGUAUGGAAUUAUUAUUAUUAUUUUUUAAUGGUCCAAGAGUUUUUCAUAUAUAAUUUUUACAACACACUUCAUUCUCGUGACACAAUGGUAUAAAUAUAUCUUUGGUUUUUUUUGGUCCGAGCUUUGCAAUUAUAGUUGAGUUAGAAAACCCUACAUUAUUAUUUAUUAUUUUUUUCAGUUUUUUAUUUUUCCAAAUUCUACUGAAGUGGCACUUAAGUUAAUUACAUUCCAUAUAUCCCUCUAUAAGUUUUCUUGUAAUAUAUCAAUGACUUGUCAAAUAGUUUUGUGCAAAUAUAAAUAUCCCUCCCAUCUAACAAUUAAAAUUAUCAGAGCUAUCAAACAUGUCAAUAUGGACUAAGCAAGCAGUGCACAUUGCAAGCAGUUUUGACAAUACUGUUACUUACCCAUUAUUUUCUACAUUUAUCUGCAGGAAUGUUUCUUGCUUGCUUAUAUAAUUUAUACUUUCCAACCUUUGCAUCCAACCAUGUUAAAAUAAUAAAAGAAAUUUGGAAGACAAUUCCAACAUUUCUUCUGCUUCAGCAAAUACUUUAGUAAGUUUCUUAGUACAAAUAGUUCCUGUUAAACAUAGUUCUAUAAUUGUUAUCAGUGCUGAUUUAAAAGUAGACUAUGCUGUUAUCAGGGUAACUUUUGAAUGAUGGUUUUGAAAAAUAACUGAUGGGAAUGAAAUAAAUAUUACUUAUUAUUUCAAUAUAAUAAUUUUUUUUUAACAUUGAUUCACAAAUAAUAUUCAGAUAUAUAUAUUUUUGCUUAAUUUCUUUUGAGUGCAUAACUGGGUCAGUAAUUUGUGGAUGCAGUGCUUGCAUAUGAAUUAGUCUUAUAGACAGAUUACAUAUCUUUUGUUUACUAGUUGGGUAUAUUAAAUAUUCUUUUUGUCAAUGAAUAUUAAAAACUACCUGGUUUGCUGCUGAUGCUCAGAAGAUGGAUGACGAUUCUCUAAAGCCAUGUUAUAUGAAGUGUGUAAACUUGUAAAUAAAAUAUAUAUUUCAAGCAUAA